AUGGCGUCGAGUUUAUGCAGCGCUGAGCAAGGGAGUGGCGCCCUACACUGCUGGUUUAAUGACACCCUACACUAUGGCACCCUACACUAUGGCACCCUACACUACGGGUUUAAUGGCACCCUACACUAUGGCACCCUACACUACGGGUUUAAUGGCACCCUACACUAUGGGUUUAAUGGCGCCCUACACUACGGGUUUAAUGGCACCCUACACUACGGGUUUAGUGGCACCCUACACUAUGGCACCCUAUACUACUGGUUUAAUGGCACCCUACACUAUGGCACCCUACAUUACGGGUUUAAUGACACCCUACACUAUGGCACCCUACACUACGGGUUUAAUGGCACCCUACACUAUGGCACCCUACACUAUGGCACCCUACACUAUGGCACCCUACACUAUGGCACCCUACACUACGGGUUUAAUGGCACCCUACACUACGGGUUAGAUGGCACCCUACACUAUGACACCCUACACUAUGGCACCCUACACUACUGGUUUAAUGGCACCCUACACUACGGGUUUAAUGACACCCUACACUACGGGUUUAAUGGCGCCCUGCUUUACGGGUUUAAUGGCGCCCUACACUACGGGUUUAAUGGCACCCUACACUACGGGUUUAAUGGCACCCUACACUAUGGCACCCUACACUACGGGUUUAAUGGCACCCUACACUACGGGUUUAAUGGCACCCUACACUAUGGCACCCUACACUACGGGUUUAAUGGCACCCUACACUACGGGUUUAAUGGCACCCUACACUAUGGCACCCUACACUACUGGUUUAAUGGCACCCUACACUACGGGUUUAAUGACACCCUACACUACGGGUUUAAUGGCGCCCUGCUUUACGGGUUUAAUGGCGCCCUACACUACGGGUUUAAUGGCACCCUACACUACGGGUUUAAUGGCACCCUACACUAUGGCACCCUACACUACGGGUUUAAUGGCACCCUACACUACGGGUUUAAUGGCACCCUACACUAUGGCACCCUACACUACGGGUUUAAUGGCACCCUACACUACGGGUUUAAUGGCGCCCUGCUUUACGGGUUUAAUGGCGCCCUACACUACGGGUUUAAUGGCACCCUACACUAUGGGUUUAAUGCCAAUUUUCGUCAGAAUCAAGUCGCCAAUAAGAACCAGACUGUUCUUAACCCACCACAGAGACUCUUUGUACCAGCGACUUAA